UUUUUCCUUACUUGUGAAAGGCUAGCUUAGCUAACUAACUAGCUGCUUCUUUGAUGAACCCAGUCGGUUGCUAGGUAACGGAAUAAUAACCGGGAAACCAUGGCGGCGUACAAGUCAAACGCAGAGGGCAUAGUGUCAGAUGUCCACAAGAGGAUUAAAGCGGCUUUUGAAGCAUUUGACUAUGAGUCUAACAACACAGUGGAUGUCCGGGAGAUUGGAACCAUCAUCUAUUCCCUGGGAUGCUUCCCCACUCAGGCAGACCUGCAUGACUUUAUAGCUGAGGUUGAAGAGGACCACACAGGAUGUAUCCAUUUGGACAAGUUUCUCCCAGCCAUGACGAAAGUCCUACUGGAGCACAAGUUCCCUGCCGUCCCUGAGGACCUUCUGCUUCAGGCCUUUGAGGUUUUGGAUAAAGAAAAUAAAGGAUACCUGGAGCCUGAGGAGCUGACAAAGUACAUGACAGAGGAAGGGGAACUGUUCACUCAGGAGGAGAUGGAUGAGAUGCUGACAGCACUCGCUGACCAUGAGAACAACCUUAUCUAUUACAAAGACUUAAUCAAUCAGCUGACCAUUGACCCUGACAUGUAGUCGAUUAUAUCUGUGCCCAGUGGUCAUAUCAGUACCAGAAGGAAGAAGGUUAUUCACUUGACUGAGGGUUAGUGUGUGCAGCCAAUGGACAAACAAUGAAAGCAGGGAUCAGCCAGGAACAUUAGCGAUAUGAAGUGACAUUAAAUGAAAUGUGCGUUGGGAGAGGGAAGGAGGACAUUAUGGUAAGAAAGCCAUGAUGUGACAAUGUCCUAGUAUUCAGGCAAGUCACAAGUGUCUCAAAGAAUUGUUCAUUUCAGCAGACUGCAUGAUGGGCAUGACCCUUAAACAAUCAAAUGACCCCACACCCCAGAAUGAGAAAAUAAACAAAGCGCAAUGAAUGACUUUAUCAGCAUAGCAUUUUAUCUUUCAUGCAUGAAACAGUUUAACACAGCACAGAGAUGACAUGAAUUAUCCCAAGAGCACAAGAUAGCAUUUUUUUGUGCAAGCAAGCCAAAAUCCUAUCAGCUCUGUUGACAACAAAAUGGCAACAAACCACUGAAGAUAUGUUUAAACAGUUUCAGUUCACAGUAAAGAAAUAACAAUCACCCGUUACUUUUGGUUUGCAACUGUGUAAGACGAAGGUGUUACAAAAUAAAACAUAAGCCUAUAGUAGUAGAAAAUGUGUGUAUUAAACAUUCCCUUGUAGCUAAACACCAAAAGUCACAAACAGAAUAAGGCUCAUUUACCCUAAACAUUAUCAAAUCCAUAUUCAGUUAACCACUAAUGUCUUGAUACACAGAGAAAAGAUUCAAAGGGACUCCUUCACCUUUACGUUCUUCUUUAUCUCUCUCAAUGUCAUACUUGUUGCAUUGUAACAUGAAAAAAUGUGUUCCUCAGUGAAAAUGGGCUUUAACGAGCAGCUAUACUUGACUGAUGUUGACGUGUUCUUGUCAUGUUGUGUUCAUCCUGAAAGGAAAAAAAUAACAAACUGGG